UUUUGUUCUUCUACAGACCAUCAAAAGCAGGUGAAACGAAAUGUGGAACAGUGGCUCAACCAUUUCCAAGGAUCCUGCUAUUCUUGCUGAUCAGACCAUCAAAAGCAGGUGAAACGAAAUGUGGAACAGUGGCUCAACCAUUUCCAAGGAUCCUGCUAUUCUUGCUGAUCAGGACUCUCGUGUUCUUGAUGGUGAUAAGAAGUGUGAGCGUGAACAGUGGACCAACAAGGCAGAGUACAUGCUCUCUAUGAUUGGCUGCAUUGGCCUGGGAAAUUUCUGGAGAUUUCCAUAUCUAGCCUACAAGAAUGGAGGGGGUGCCUUUCUCAUUCCCUAUUUCUUGAUGUUGGUUUUCUGUGGAAUUCCCAUGUACUUCUUGGAAAAUGCCAUCGGUCAGUUUUGCAGCCAAGGCCCAAUCAACGUGUGGAGAGCAGUGCCACUACUGCAGGGUGUUGGAUUUUCCAUGCUUAUGCUGAACGCGGUGGUGUCAGUUUACUACAACGUCAUUGUUGCCUACAGUCUGUACUACAUGUUCGCCUCCUUCCAGUCGCCUCUACCGUGGUCCAGCUGCCUCAGUUGGGCAGACGGUAACUGCAGCAGCGUGCCUAAAGUGUAUUGUAAUGUAAGUGGUGUUGUAGUGGCCUGGACUCAGGGAAACAGCACGUGUCCUUCCUCCAACAUGAUCACAGUUCCAGUCCAGAGCCCGAGUGAGCAGUAUUGGAAUCGCGUGGCUCUGCAGAGAUCCAGUGGUCUAGAUGAAACAGGACCAUUAGUUUGGCACUUGGCCCUCUGCCUGCUGCUGAGCUCCAUGCUUGUUGCUGCAGCACUCAGCAAAGGCAUCAAGUCAUCAGGGAAAGUUAUGUAUUUCACAGCUACAUUUCCGUAUGUGGUGAUUUUGAUCCUGCUGAUCAGAGGUGUGACACUAGAGGGAGCUAGAGAUGGGAUUGAGUUCUACAUUGGUUCCAAAUCCAAUUUGACUAAAUUGACUGAAGGACAGGUCUGGAAGGAUGCAGCAACUCAGACUUUUUUUUCUCUAUCCAUUGCUUCCGGCGGACUUUUGACUCUUGCUUCCUAUAGCAACUUCCACAGCAAUGUGUUCCGGGACUCAGUUAUUGUAACCACCAUCAACCAUGGUACCAGUGUGUUAGCAGGCUUGGCCAUCUUUUCAAUUCUGGGUCAUAUGGCUCACAUCUAUAGAAAGCCUAUUGCAUCAGUGGUGAAGGAAGGAUUUGGGCUGGCAUUCAUUGCAUAUCCAGAAGCUUUAGCUAAGCUUCCCAUUUCCACUUUCUGGUCCAUCCUGUUUUUUUUUAUGCUUACCAUAGUUGGCCUGGACUCUCAGUUUACACAAAUAGAUGUUAUCACCACCUGCCUGUAUGAUGCCUUCCCUGAAACCUUCAAAUCCAAACGGGCUUUAUUGACUAUAAUGACAUGUUCCAUCAUCUACUUCCUGGGCCUGCCGUAUGUCACAAGGGCAGGAAUAUACUGGGUAACUUUAAUAGACCAGUUUGCUGCCGGCUGGGUGCUGCUUAUUUUGGCUCUCUUCGAGAUCACUGGCUUCUUCUACAUAUAUGGAGGGAAACGCUUUAUUAAAGACAUUGAGAUGAUGAUUGGAAAGAAGAGCUUUUGCUUCUGGCUGUGGUGGAGAUCAUGUUGCUUUUUCAUCUGCCCCGGCAUCACUGUAGUGACCCUGAUCUGGUCUCUGAUAACCUUUGUGCCCCCCACCUAUGGAAAGGUCCAGUACCCGGUAUGGGGCUUGGCUCUGGGCUGGUGCAUGGUUGCAUUCAUCCUCCUCUGGAUCCCUGUCGUUGCUGUGUAUAAGCUGAUGAGAGCAGAGGGAAGCGUCUGGAAGCGUCUGAAGUUGUUGUGUUCUCCCUCUGAACAAUGGCAUCCCUACCUGGAUGUCCAUCGAGGAGAACGCUACUCAAAGACGAGUAUUGUCAAGAAACAAUAAGCAAAUGUAAAUGCAGCUUCAAGUUCAUGGCAUCUAUUUGAACACUAAUGUAUAUUAAUAUGUUACAUGCAACACUCAUUUUACUGUAGUUCAGAUAAGGUAGGUACAUUAGUUUCCUUUAAACCAACCUCCUCAAAAUCCUGUCGUUAUCAGUGAAUUUAUAUGGCCACUUACUAUUAACCACUGCUGUGACAGAAGGUUUGUGUUAAGUGAUUUUUCUUUCUUAGCUUUUCAGGAUAGCUACCUCAUUGUUAACAUACCUGAUGAAUAAUUUCAGCUUCAUGACACCAUAUGUCUUUGGCUUGAAGAUUGAAAUGCUUUAACUCCACCACAGAAGACCUUAAAUUAUUUAUCUUUUCAAUGUACCUCAACAAUGUACCUUCAUGUCUUUGACUGUUUGAAGACUGUAAGUUCAAACUGAUAGUUUUAAGAAAGUAGUUUGUUUUUAAACUCUUCUGCUGAUAAUCCAAAUGCUGUCUUGUGUGCUGAAGAGCUCAUCUUGUUAUUCUUUCAAGAGCUCCAUCUGGUGGUCAUCUAGCACAUAAACUAUCCUAAUCCUCGAGACAACUUCUAUUAUUUUCAAUACAGAAAAAAGAACACAGAGUUGAAAAACUUAAAUACGGGGGAAAAAAACUAAUCUUGCAUGAAUACAAUAUCAUAAUUUAGCAGAAGUUCUGCAAAGAAUGAUUAAAAUAACAAAAUAAAUAAGCAACUGAAUUAUAUAAUUUCACAAACAAAUAAAUUACUUUGAAACCAUCAUUGCUGACUUAAUCCUUAUUUUAACAGCUUACAUAAAUAGAGAGCUCAGUACAUAUCAACUGAAGUUAUGAUUAUGAGUUUGACAAAGGGAGUAAAGCAAACUAAAAUGCCUAAUUUAAUCAAGUAUGAAUAUUUAGCUAGUGAUAAAUUCGCUGUUCAAAGCCACAUUUAUGUUUUUGUGUGUUAACAAAUGUGAAAACUGAUAAGCUUGGUAGAAGCUAGGAAUAUAUCUAUAGUACUUAUGCAAGUGUUAUACUGAAGUAUUAGAGGGAGAACUUUGCUUCUACUUUUUUCCAUAUGUUUUCUUUUAUCUUCCAUUUUAAUUUAUCUUAUUUAAUUUGAUGCAGACACAGGGUAUUAAGGUAUGGAAAAGACACUGAGACAGUAUUUAUGUGGACAAACUAUCAUCAGCAAUCACAGAAAAGAUUGUAUCCAAAGUAGUGGUGUGUCCAUGUGUUUUAAUGUGUAACUAUUUGACAUUUGAAUUGCUUUUAUGCUUUGUCUACUUUCUUGUUGUACUGUUCUGUGCAAAACAUAAGGAGAGUGAAUGAAUGAAUAAACAGUUUUUGUUUGUUUUA